AUGAUGGAUUUACAUUAGAAUUUAAAUAGACGUGUUUCAAUUUUUGGAGAUGGAUUAAUCAAUAAAUAAGAAGAAGAAUGUGAUAAUCCAAAUGAAUUAGGAUGUAAUAAUUGCAAAAUAUGCCAUGGCUAAUUUAUUCUAUUUGAAAGACUUGUUAAAAAUAUUGUGAGGAUUUUUAAAGUAUAAAUUAAUUAAAUCUCAUAUACCAAGUUUAAGAUAAAUGUUUGCAAUGUGAUAAUAAUUGUAUAACUUGUAAAAACUAAUCAAAUUUAUGUACAUCAUGUUAGAGAAAUGAUUGCGAGUUGUGUGAAUCAAUUCCUGGUUAUUAUACAGAUUAUUAAAAUAAAGUUUGUAUCACAUAAUGUAGAGAUGGAAUUGUUGCUUAUGAAUAAGAACAUUGUGGUGAUGGGAAUCUAGAAAAUGGAGAUGAUUGUGACUCUGAAUGAUGAAAAGAAUUAUCAGAAAACUUUAUUAAUAAACUAUAACUUUGGUAAUUAAACCAAAAUGGUAAAUUUAAUCUUUACCUUAAUAAUUCAUAAUAUAAAAUAGUAUUAAAUUUUUUAGAUCCUAAAAUUAUUAUUGAUGGUAUGCAAUAAAAGGAUUUUUAACAUAAUAUAUCAGCUUACAAUAAUACCUGCAACAUCAAAUCUACAUUUUAUUAAUCUAUUUUCAAAUAUAAUACAAUUCAUUUAACUCUUACUGCUUCAUUCUAAUUAAAUAGAUUAUUUUUGGAAAAAAUAAGAAAUAAAAUUCAGCAUACAACUUUAAGAAUAAAUCAUACAGACAGAAAGUGAAAAAAAUGGCCGAAUAAAUUUAAAAUGCACAAUCAAAAUUUAAUUUAAUUUUUCUUAUAUUAAUUCCUGUUUCCAUUAUAUUGAACCUUUAUGA